AUGGCUGUUCCAGGCACUCAGAUCUCCAAGCGCAGAAAGUUCGUCGCCGAUGGCGUCUUCUACGCUGAGCUCAACGAGUUCUUCCAGCGCGAGCUGGCCGAGGAGGGCUACUCCGGCGUCGAGGUCCGCGUCACCCCCACGGUAACCGACAUCAUCAUCCGCGCCACCCACACCCAGGAGGUUCUCGGCGAGCAGGGCCGCCGCAUCCGCGAGCUCACCUCGCUCAUCCAGAAGCGCUUCAAGUUCCCCGAGAACUCCGUCUCCCUCUACGCCGCAAAGGUCCAGAACCGCGGUCUCUCCGCCGUCGCCCAGUGCGAGUCCCUCCGCUACAAGCUCCUCAACGGUCUCGCCGUCCGUCGCGCCUGCUACGGUGUCCUCCGCUUCAUCAUGGAGUCCGGCGCCAAGGGUUGCGAGGUUGUCGUCUCCGGCAAGCUCCGCGCCGCCCGCGCCAAGUCCAUGAAGUUCACCGACGGCUUCAUGAUCCACUCUGGUCAGCCCGCCAAGGACUUCAUCGACCACGCCACCCGCCACGUCCUCCUCCGCCAGGGUGUUCUCGGCAUCAAGGUCAAGAUCAUGCGCGGCUCCGACCCCGAGGGCAAGGCCGGCCCCCAGAAGACCCUCCCCGACGCCGUCUCCAUCCUUGAGCCCAAGGAGGAGCAGUCCGUCGUCCAGCCCAUGUCCCAGGACUACGGCGCUAAGGCUGCCCAGGCCCAGGCCGCCGCUGAGGCGCAACAAGCGGAGCAGCAACCCGAGGCUGGCGAGGAGGCCGAGGCUCAGUCGUAG